ACCCACUUGAUAGGGUCUUACCACCACGUCAGAUUUUAGUAUUAUUUACAUGCAUUUUUUUACCGGUUCCAUUAAAUAUUUUUGAUAACGGUUUUAGAUUUAGGUUGAAAUAAUUUUUCAGUGGCUUAUGAUGCACUUUCACUAUUAUUAAAUUCAUUAUAUAAGUACAUUAUAUAUUAUGUUAAACUAGCGACCCACCCGGCUUCGCACGGAUUACACAAAACCUUAACAAAUUAGACAUCCAAACCUUCUUCAAGUAUCACUAUAUUGAUAGAUGAAAAUUGCAUGAAAAUCCGUUCAGUAGUUUUGAGUUUAUCGCGAAUAUACAUACAAACGUACAAAUAAACGCGGCGGGGGACUUUGUUUUAUAAGGCGUAGUGAUUAGUUAGCAAGGAAGCUAUGUUAACAUAAGUAACAAAAGCUUGCCUAACCGUACCGCUCUUCCAUCGUCUUUCAGCGCCAGUGAAGGUCGAGCGCUUAGCUUCCAAAACGUCACAAACGGAAGCAAUCGAGGGUUGGAGCUCGCCGGCUGGGGGUCGCGACUUUCACGAGCCUUCCACGCGCGCCGAGGGACCGACUCGCUCAGUGCUGUGACCGGCGCACCGCACGAAGCACGAACCGCGAAAUAAUAUAACAAAUUAAAAUAUUUUUGAAUUUGUUUUGUGAACUGGAGUGAUCUAUGCCAGAUAAGAUAGUGUUGUGCUCAAGAUAAUGUGGCAAGUGUGGGAUACGAGAAUGAUAACAAGGGCGCUAUUUUUAGCGCUAUGCUACGCUCACGCAUCGGCGCUGACGCCGCUCUCGGCGGCGGCGGACGACAACGAGUGCGCGCUGUACCUGUCCGGGCCGGGACGCACCUCCGCCUUCGACUACAGCCUCAACCUGCUACGAGGAAACUUCGGCUACGAGGGUCAACACACGUGCAUUACCUAUGAAGCUGUUAACCAAGCCUACUUGGACGCACGGAAACGAAUUUUGGUCGCUCAACCUAAAGGCGACUGGAAGCCAGAGGACUUCGCCAGUGUGGGCGAGCUCAUACUUGACAUUUCCAUCAGUUUGGCGCGAACAUACGGUCUAACAUACGAAGAGAUCGAAAAAGGCCUGCCUCUCAUCGAUACGUCGAGGACGCUUAUUCGAGAAGUGUGCCCUCCGGUGUUCUCCCACGUAGAGUGCCGUGCCGGAAAAUACCGGCGGCUGGACGGACUCUGCAACAACUUAGAGCACCCCACGUGGGGCGCCACCAAUGCGCCUUUCCAGAGACUAAUCGGUCCGCUAUUCUCCGACGGCAUCAACUCUCCUCGUAUUUCGCACACGGGUCGCGACUUACCACUAUCUCGGGUGGUCUCACGCACCAUGCACCCUGAUGAAGGCUUCCACGACCAUGCUGGCACCGUCAUGGUCAUCGCCUGGGGCCAGUUCAUGGAUCACGACUACACGCUCACUGGCACGCCUUUAGACCCCUUGAACCGUAACGACCCCGAGGAAUGCUGCAAGCGACCCCCGCACCUGAAGCACCCGUACUGCAACGAGAUCCGCAUCCCUGAUGACGACUACUUCUACCGGCUGUUCGGCGUGAAGUGCAUCGACUUCGUGAGGGCCUUCCCGUCGCCGAGACCUGGCUGCCGUCUGGGCUCUCGAGUCCCUUUCAACACUCUGACCGGCGCUAUUGACGGUAACACUGUCUACGGAGUCACUGAUAAAUUCUCCAGGAAACUACGUACCGGCUAUGGUGGUCUACUACGCAUGAACCCUGUCUUCACGGAGUAUGGUUUGAAGGAUCUCCUGCCUUUGAAACUUGAUAUCCCCGAUGAAGGUUGCACCAGGCCCAACAAGAAUAUGUACUGCUUUGAGGCUGGUGAAAUUCGAGUUAACGAGCAACUGGUUUUGACUGUAAUGCACACCCUCAUGGCUCGAGAGCACAACCGCGUGGCGAAGGGCUUGGCCGAAGUGAACCCUCACUGGGAUGACGAGACCCUCUUCCAGGAGGCCCGGCGAAUCAACAUUGCCGAAAUCCAGCACAUCAGUUACAACGAAUUCUUGCCUAUCCUGCUCGGAAAGGAUGUUAUGGAAAAAUUCGGAUUAGUUCUGGAGAAAGAAGGCUACUGGGAUGGAUAUGAUAAAACGGUGAACCCUGACGUCAUAGAUUCCUUCGCCUCAGCCGCGUAUCGGUUCGGACAUUCACUAUUGCCCACAGCUGUCGAGAGAUGGUCCAAGGCUCACAAGUUUAUCGCUUCCAAGAGACUGUCCGAUCUGAUUCGAAGACCUUACGAUCUCUACAGAGCAGGAGUGCUUGAUGAAUACGUCAUGGGCCUCAUGAAUCAAGUAGCGCAAGCUAUGGACGACUCUAUCACGCAAGAAGUCACCAACCAUCUCUUCAAGAAGGUUGGCGCUCGCUUUGGAAUGGACUUGGUAUCAUUCAACAUGCAAAGAGGCCGAGAAUUUGGCAUUCCUGGAUACAUGGAAUUCAGAAAGUUCUGCGGUCUUGGUGGAGCCGAAACUUUCGAAGAACUUCACGGGUCUAUGCCUAACCAAACUGUAAACAAAUACGGACAAAUCUUUGAGCAUCCUGUGGAUAUUGAUCUGUGGUCAGGGGGAGUGUCAGAAAGACCGUUGCCUGGUUCCAUGUUAGGGCCUACUUUCGCUUGUAUUAUUGCGACCCAGUUCUCAUACUCGAGAAGAGGAGAUCGAUUUUGGUUCGAAUUGCCAAACCAGCCGUCGUCGUUCACCCCGGAACAGCUGACGGAGAUCAGAAAGUCGCGACUUGCGCGCGUCAUUUGCGACAACACGGACAUUAUUGACACUGUUCAGCUCUACCCCAUGGUAUUGGCGGACCAUGAACUAAAUCCGCGAGUACCGUGCCGAAGUGGCAUCAUGCCCUCAAUGGACUUCACGAAGUGGGCGGAGCCCGCGCCCUCGCCCUUCCACGGCGCCGCUAAACAGUUUGUGAGUAGCUUCUCGCACAACCCGUUCUUUGGCAAGAAGUAGUCUCAAGCACCAAGUAUUAACUAGAGUAUUUAUGGUCCUUUAAUUCAUUAUUGCAACUUAAAGUUACAACCCCUAUAUUAUUGACCAUCAUCCUUCAUUUCAGUUAGGUACUUCAUUAUUUAACGUCAACUGAUAUAGGCAACUGCCUAAACAUAACAGGUACGCUAAACGUAAUAUAAUUUUGUUUCCUCGAAUAUUGAGUCGGUGCCGUAUUAUAUAUAAGGGUUUGAAAAAAAAUAUUGAUGAAGAUGAAUGAAGAUUAAAACGGACUCUAAAGUUGCGGCAAUGAAUUGAAGGACCAUGUUGUAAUAGUCAUCACGUAACCAGUCUGUUGUUAAGUAGACACGGUCAUAGACACACACAUAUCAGAUCACAUAUUCGCUGUAAAAACUUUUCCAAAUGAUCAUAGUGGUUAUGUUGUUUUGUGUUUAAGUAUCCAAAUAUUUAUAGAAGAAAUUAGUUAUGUAAAAGGUUGAUCCACAACAGCUUGACUAUAAUUGACGUAAAUAAAUAAUUAAUUAUAGGGAUUACCUGCCCACUAGGUCUAGACAGUUUCAAACAGUUUAAUAUACAUUAAGUAUAAAGGAUGACACACGCUAGACCGGACCGUGCCCGGGCCGAGGCAUCUGCAUUCGUAGCCAACGUGCCUAUCGUUUACGCUCAGUGAUAGAGAGAGAUGACUACGAUACGCAAUGCUGGCUACGCGGCCUGACACGUCAUUUUCUAUGACAGCUGGGGGCCUACCGCGAAAAUCGAAAUUCGCAAAAUGCGGGGAUCUUUCUCUUUUACUCUCACUAAGACGUAAGUAAUUAGAGUGACAGAGAAAAAUGCCCGCAAUUGACGAACUUCGAUUUUCGCGGUUAUAGCCCUGAUCGGUGAUCACGAGGUGCUUUCUAUAGAAAAUGAAGCGCCGGAAGCUCCGGUCCGGCCCCGGCCCAGUAUAGCGUGAGUCAACCUUUAGCCAAUGUUUUUUCCGACAAUUUAAUACCUAUCAUUUACGUUUCUGACCUAGAGGGUUAAGAGGGUUUAUAACUGCACUAAGUAUAUUUUUACAAAAACUUUUGAAGUCAUAGCUAUAUCACCACAAUUUCCCAUAGAUUUAGUACCUACAACAGCUUACGCAAUUAUGUUCACAUUGAGACAACUUAUUUAUACGUAGAAUAGUUAACGUGUACAAAAUUAAUUAAGGGGCGCAAAGCCAAACGCUUGAAUGCCAUAUUUUUAUAGAUGAAAUAUAAUUCAUAAUAAAACAUACCAAUUGUUAUACUUAUUAUGUAACUCCGAUUCAUAUGUUGUAAGUCGGGUUAUCUGAGAUAAUAAAAUUAGAAGAUGAAAUAAUAUAUGUAGGUAGUAUAUGAAUAUAUAUUGCAAAUCAAUGCUGUUAAUUUAAACAUGCAAAAUGAUAAUUGAUGACAUGAAACAAACAGGUUUUAUAUAUGCAUGUAGAAGAAAAAUAUAAAUAUUUUACCGACAGUACCUACAUAAAUAUAUAUUUAUUUUAUUCAUUUAUCUAUAGGUAGGUGGUUGUUUACCUAAGUCAAAUAUGUUUCUGUGAUUCACCUACUAUCCGAUAUUUU